GCAAUUCCUCUUCUGGUGGCCAGCAACAAAAUUUUGUCCGCAACACUACAAAAUAUUGGGUCCAUCCGGAUAAUAUUACUGAACUUAAACUUCUCAUAUUGAAGCAUCUUCCGGUCCUAGUUUUCAAUCCUCAAAAACAAUUUGAUCAAUCGGAUUCUGCAAUCUCUUCUAUAUACUACGAUAAUAAUGAUUUUGAGCUUUAUCUUGGUCGAUUGGAAAAGACUGAAGGUGCCGAGGCCAUUCGAUUACGAUGGUACGGUGGAAUGGAUGUAAGUGAAAUCUUUGUCGAACGUAAAACUCAUCGUGAAGAUUGGACCGGUGAAAAAUCUGUCAAAGAACGUUUUCAAAUAAAAGAGAAAAAUGUCAACAAGUAUCUUUGUGGUAAAUAUAUCAUGACUGACGAUUUUAAAAAGUUGCGAGAUAAAGGAAAAAGUGAGAAAGAAAUUGAAGAUUUGGAACGAUUGGCUAGUGAAAUACAAUACCGUGUUAUUUCCAAAAGGUUAAAACCAGUGUUACGUACCUUUUAUAAUAGAACUGCAUUUCAAUUACCUGGGGAUGCUCGAGUUCGUAUAUCUCUUGACACUGAACUAUCAAUGAUUCGCGAAGAUAACUAUGAAAAUAUCACCCGCUGUGGUGAAAAUUGGCGAAGAAUGGAUAUUGGAAUAGAUUAUCCGUUUUCUCAACUACCAGAUAAAGAUAUUGAGAGAUUUCCUUAUGCAGUUUUGGAAGUCAAAUUACAAACUCAGUUUGGACAAGAACCGCCAGAAUGGGUACAAGAAUUAGUACACAGUCAUCUGGUUGAAGCCGUUCCUAAAUUUUCAAAGUUCAUUCAUGGUGUUUCGACUCUUAUGGAAGAUCAUCGGAUUCAUCUUUUACCAUAUUGGUUUCCACAAAUGAAUGUAGACAUUCAUAAACCACCGCAAGGUAACUACGGUCUUCAACGACCCCUAGGUAGUCUUGAUACACCGUCUAAUGAAAAUAACGACCCAAUGAGUUCCGGGAGUUCUGGACAAGAUGAAAGUAUCACUGUUCAAAUUGAUGAAAGGAAUUUGGAUUAUGAUGACGAUGAAAUUAAUGAGGAAACUCGUUUGAUUCAAGAAAAUCAAGAAAAUAGCAAGUGGUUAUUUACAACACCGCCUACAAAUGUAUUAGAAGAUGAGUCUAUUUUUGAAUCUACUUCUGCGGGAGCUAUUCAACGUUAUUAUAACGGAAGACGUGUCGCUGUACCCGUGCGAGUUGAGCCCAAAGUAUGUUUUGCUAACGAGAGGACUUUCCUAUCGUGGUUACAUUUCACUAUUAUUGUAAAUGGAUUUGCCAUUGGAUUAUUAAACUUUGGCAACGAUGACGCAUCAAACAUUGUGGCUGGAACAUUUCUGUUCAUUGCAACAAUGGUUAUGAUGUAUGCACUUAUAAAUUAUCUUUGGCGAGUCUACAUGAUUCGGAAACGAUCAUCUGGACCAUAUGAAGACCGAUUUGGACCUCCAUUCAUUUGUGGAUUAUUAUUAAUUGGG